AUGACGAAUACAAACUCUCCUCUCUUCACAAUAAGACAUUCGCUGCCGCCAAAACCUCCCUACCAAAUCCCCAAAGCUACCUAUGAGGACAACACAUACAUCGACUGGAUGAAAGAAGCCAUCCAGCCUCCAAGCGGCUCGCUAAAAAAGUGGUCUGUGUUAGUUUUGAUGGCAAUUGCUGUUGGAUACAUGACUGUGGUCAUCGACUUGUUUUCGGCGGGACUCAAUGACUUCAAGAUCGGUAUAUGUUUCUCCAAACUAGAUCGAUGGUCGCUUUUGAGUCCUUAUCUGACAUGUCCGUCGGAGGACUGGUAUUCUUGGCUGCGUCUUUUAGCUGGCGAUCUGAGUGAAAAAUCUUGGCUCUCUUUCUUGAUAGACUUACCUAUCUACAUUGUGUCUGGCAGUAUAUUCAUUCUAGCAGCAGGAUACUUGACUUACAAAAAAGCGCCCCUCGCGAAACAAAGUGGUAUUCCUGAAAUCAAACUUAUUGUAGCUGGUCUCAAUUACCAUACAUCAACAUACUUGGGAACACAGGCCUUGUUUGUUAAAGCUGCGGGUCUAGUGAUGGUUGUAGCGUCUGGUCUUUGGCUUGGUAAAGAAGGACCUUUGGCGCAUGUAGCAUGCUCUAUUUUAUCGGCUUUGUUUGAUCGUAUAUAUGGUAAGGAUGGCUCGGAGGGCCUUCGAAGAGAGCUCUUGGUGGCUGCAACAGCCACGGGUAUCGCGGUUGCAUUCAACUCUCCUAUAGGCGGAGUCCUCUUCGUCUCCGAAUUGCUUCAGUCUUAUUUUUCUCCCAUGAAAAUUAUGUGGAAUUCGUUUGUUGCUGCAACAAUUGCAUUGGUCGUUGUGUUUGGGUCAAAAGCUUUCACGGAGGGAACGAACUUCCAUGAGGGAAACCUAUUCGAAGUGCUGUUUGGUAACUUCAGUUGGCUUUUCACUGAGACGCUCCCCUUCAUCUUUCUUGGGUUGGCCGGUGGGCUUUUCGGCCAUGUGUAUACCCAGCUCUACCUCAAGUUCGAAAAUAAGCAAACCAAAAAUCGGGUCUGGAACAUCUUUUCUUCCAUGUCGGGUCUUCUGCAAACAAAUAUUCGAUAUGUGGAAAUCCUAGUGGUUGCCAUGGUAACGUCGUUAUUCACAUUCCCACUUUCAAUGUCUAAAAUGUCCUUGGAGGCUUACCUCAAACUUCUAUUCACAGAUUGCCCCGUCGAAGAAGUAUCCACCUUGUCGCAGGCGACAAAUUUCAUGUGUGAUUCAUCUCUGGCUAUAACAGGCUUGAAGCUAUCGUACAUAUUCAUUGGAGGAUUUGUCCUAUCUGCCUAUUCCUAUGGCCUUUCCCUUCCCGGUGGUAUCCUCAUGCCAUCUCUAGUCCUCGGAGGAACAUUGGGAAGGUUGGUUGGAAUUCUUUCUCGGGCAAUACAGAGCAAGAUUAACCCCUCCUUUCUAGCAACAUGUACUGCUAAGUCUUGUAUCGUUUCCCCUUCUGCAUAUGCCGUUGUUGGCGCUGCUGCGUUUAUGACUGGUAUCACAAAACUCACUGUUGCUGUGGUGGUGAUUAUUUUCGAGCUCACCGGUGCUUUGACAUACGUUGUCCCGAUUAUGGUUGCAGUUAUGACCGCAAAGGUUUUCAAUGACUGGCUCAGCGAACACAAUAUCUACGACGCCUGGAUUGUGAAUGAUUUCAAUACAAAGGACAGUGCUGAAUUGUCAGAGUACAAUCUGGGAAAGGGAGAUGGGCUCUUGAAGUUUGGGCCUAUGACAUCUGAGUUCAAAGCAGCACUUCCCGAUAUCCUGGUUUCAAAAACAAUGGUUCCCACCAAUAGGCUACGUUGUAUUUUUCUCUACCCAGAGGCCCCAUAUUCUCUCCCUGAAUUGUAUGCUUACCUUUCUGAUGAUUGUCAUGAAGGAUAUCCUGUUAUUGCAAACGAACACGAUUUUACUCUCUUUGGUUAUGUCACCAAGAAAACAAUCUAUGAAUCGAUCGUUAGAACAGUGGGCAGCUCCCAACCACUGGCGCUUCUUGUUUCUUUUCGUACUAAGAUUCCUGAGCAAAUGAUUGGAAGACAGCAAGACUAUGAGAAGGACAUUCAAGGAAGAUACGAGGGUGUUGAUCUGAUCUUGUUGGAUCUUGAGCCAACUGCAUUGAGUGCCCAUAGCAAAACCUCGCUUAAACAGGUCGUUGAAAUCUUUGACAGGCUACAACUCAAUUCUUUAAUGAUCAAUGAGUAUGGCAACACUACUAAACUAAGUGGUUUCGUUGAUCGUUUCAUUUUGGCACGCUUGGUUCACAACAAGUUUGUUUCGUUGCAACAUGAGCAUGAAUCCGAAUAUUUAAAUGGCUACGGUGAAGAAGAAACGGAGUUCUUUCAUCAUCGACGUGACAGGGAAAGCAUUGAGCUCAUAUCGUAA